GAAUUUCUUCUAAAUUAUUCUUUAAAAAUAACAAAAAUCAGUCUUGAUAAAAAAUGAAACACGCGAUCGAUGCUACAAUAACCGAUAAUCGAACGGAAACGAUUGCAGUACGCAAUGGAAAAUUUAAAAACUCAGAUAAAAUAAUUCAAGAUUUUUUGAAAGUAAAACUGCCAUUAAAUUGGAAGAAAUUGGACACUGAAACAAAACGAAAAUUGAUUAAACAAUGGACUCAUCAGGCGUUUCCUCAUUUACCGGAAUCCUUGCUGUCAAUAACAGUUGGUUCGACUGUCGACGGAGACUCAGGAAUAUCUAUAGACGAAAUUCCUGAAUGGUUGGAUCGCAAAAAAUUUCUACGAGGUCAAAAAUUUGCUCAAGAUAAUCUUAUGGGAAUUAUGGCAACUGCGCUUCUGACUUUGUUUGGUAUUUAUUCUUUCGAGGACGGUUUCAAGCCUAUGAUUGCCUCGGGAAGAUCAUCAGAACCCUACACUGCAUUUAAGAGAUACCUAGGAACUGUUGCGAAGUUUAGAAGCUGGUAUACAAGCGAUCCAUGGACAAAGGGCACGCAUGCAUAUAAUGACAUAAAAACAGUGCGACAAAUGCACAUUAUAAUUCGAAAUAAAUUACACGCGAUGUCUGAUGAAGCGGUAGACAAAGCUACAACUAUUAAAAAUUCUUGGUCGCCGACAAGAGAUAUUUUGUUGGAAGACUUUCGGUCAGCGUGUCCUGUAGCUUUACCUGGACAGUGUCCGUUUUUGAUGGAAGCUUUGGGCCCCGUAAGACUCAAAAAACUUAAUCAAGGUGAAAUGGCUCUGACGCAAGGGUCGUUUGUUUGUUUAGUGGUUACUUUUCCCACCGCUUUUGGUAUUCAUAACGCUACAGACGAGAAUCUAGAUGAUUUUUGCUAUGUCUGGAAAAGCAUUGGUUAUCUUCUCGGCAUCGAAGAUUCUUUCAGUUUUUGUAAUGGAUCACUUAAAGACAUAAAAAAACGUUCGGAAGACUAUUUGAAUGAGUGGGUAAAAACUAACCUACGUGACAUAUCCCCGGAAUGGGAACAUAUGAUCAGAUGUUUAUUCGAUGGUAUACAAUAUUUUUUUCCGGGAAUGUCUUAUGAAAUGAGUCUAUUGUAUGUCAUGGAAUUAAUGAACAUCGAUAUGCCGCGGUUACGUUCCACUCUUUCCUACGGUGAUUGGAUCAGAUUUCACUUGUUGAACAAUUAUUUUUGUAGAUUUACACUAAACUAUGCAUGCCGAUUUGAAGUAAUUAGAAAGUUACUAAACAAAUUCUUCAACAAUCGCGUUAAUUAUGCACUAAAUUUUACGGAAGAACAGCAUAAACAAUUACGUAUAAAAUCAUCUGAAAAACUAAGUUUUGUUCUUUCAAAUAAUUAUUAAUUAUCAAUUUCCUAACUAUAAGAAAAAAUUUCAUACCACAGUAAACCUUUUAUUCA